AUCAGAAACGUACAAAUAAUUAUUAUUAUAUGAAAGUACACAGUCUAUAAAGUAAAUGAAACUGUCCAAUUAUUACGAAUUGGUAGGAAACAGCUACCAUGGUUAACGAACAUAAUUUUUUUUCUCUGUAGUGAUAAUGAAUUGUGAUAUCGCGGCAAAUAAACAUGGCGCUUAUUUGAUACCGAAGCCUUUUACUUCGGACAAGCCGCAAGCCUUGUCGCAAUUUGCACCAAGUCAGAUAUUCCAUUUUUUGCAUUUGUUCUCGGAUAAUUCAAAUAAUUUGCGAUACAGUGAAUGUAUCGACUAUAUUUCGAACUGUUUUCGAGAGGAAACGUUUGAUAAACUUGCACAUCAUACAUGUCAAAAUGGCCCGGGAAUAUGAUCAUUUAUUUAAGCUUCUAAUAAUAGGAGAUAGUGGUGUAGGCAAAAGUUCACUGCUCCUACGAUUUGCUGACAAUACUUUUAAUGGCAGUUAUAUAACAACGAUAGGAGUGGAUUUUAAGAUACAAACAGUGGAUGUAGAUGGUGAGAGAGUAAAGCUGCAAAUUUGGGAUACAGCUGGGCAAGAAAGAUUUCGGACAAUAACUUCAACUUACUACAGGGGAACACACGGUGUUAUAGUUGUUUAUGAUGUGACCAGUGGUGAUUCCUUUGCUAAUGUUAAAAGAUGGUUACACGAAAUUGAACAAAAUUGUGAUGUGGUCAACAGGGUACUUGUAGGAAAUAAGAAUGAUUCACCUAACGAAAAGGUGGUAUUAACAGAAGAUGCGCAAAGAUUUGCUAAUCAAAUGGGAAUUCAGUUAUUUGAAACUUCUGCUAAAGACAACAUUAAUGUUCAAGAAAUGUUUAUGGCUAUAACACGGCAAGUAUUAAGAACUAAAAAAGAAAGGAAGGAACGGCAAGCUAUACAAACCAGUGAAACAGUCAAUCUGAGAAAAAGCACAAAACAGCAUAAAAAGAGAUGUUGUUAACAGGAUUGUACAAGCAUGCAAUCUGUUCUUAAUAUCAUUUAAUACAGUAACAGAGAUAAAGGUGAAAAAGGAAACAGAGAGCAUGCACUAGCCACAAAAUGGUCACAUAAUGUAACAAUGAUGUUUUUUAAAGCUAUUGAGUUUUGUAUCUAAAUUAUAACAUCGAAGAUUGUAUUCUCAUAGACAUAUACUUUGAUGCUAGUAACGUUCAAUAUACAUAGGAUGCAAAUGUUAUAAGUGUGUAGUGUUCAUUUAGUGAGAGUAUCUUUGUAAGCAGCACACUUUUUAACAUGCUGCAUAUUCUGAUGUGGCGUUACAAAUAUAAAGGCCUAUUUAUAUUGUACAACUUGCAAACAAUAAGCACAAGAAAGAAAAAGACAUGAAAUUAUAUAGCUGCUUCUUGUUCAUAUUUUGCAUCGCAUACGAUUAUUUCUAAAGAAAAAUGGUAUAAAGCAAAAGAUGAAAAAAAAAAAAAACAUAUACAU